AUGACCGACGGCGGAGUCGCUGCCGCCGCGCCCGCCUGGCGCCUCUGCGCCCUCCUGGCCGCCGCCGCCCUGCUCGGCGCCCGGGCGGAGCCCACCUGCCCUCGCGUCCGCGCCGCCUUCCCGGCGCUGCAGCCGGGCGCCCGCGGGAUACUGGAGAGCCCCGGGCCAGGGUCAGAUUUGCAAAUAUGCAUCCCCAAAGGACUCACCUGCUGCUCCCGCAAGAUGGAGGAGAGAUACCAAGGCUUGGCUCGUUCCAACAUGGAGCAGAUUCUCCAGUCGGCCAGCAUGGACCUGAAAUUCCUCAUUAUGCAGAAUGCGGCUGUUUUCCAAGAAGCCUUUGAAAUGGUCGUGCGCCACGCGAGGAACUACACCAACUCUAUGUUCAGGAGCUACUAUCGCCAUGUGGCUGCCAGGACUUUUAAACUGGUGGGGGAACUCUUCACUGACAUCUCCCUGUACGUCUUGGGCUCAGAUAUCAGCGUCAAUGACAUGGUCAACGAGCUCUUUGACAGCUUGUUCCCCUUGAUCUACCCCCACGUGAUUCAUCCAGGAGCCCCCGACCCUCCUGUGGAGACCCUGGAGUGUCUGCGGCUAGCCCGGCGAGACUUGAAGGCUUUUGGCCCCUUCCCCAAAAUCAUGAUGACCCAGGUGUCCAAGUCCCUGCAGGUCACCCGGGUCUUCCUCCAGGCGCUCAACCUUGGCAUUGAAGUAGUCAACACCACUGAUCACUUGAGGUUCAGCAAGGAGUGUGGACGGGCGCUCCUGAAGAUGUGGUACUGCCCCCAGUGCCAGGAUCUGCUCCUGGCCAAACCGUGUGUGGGAUUCUGUGGCGGGGUGUUGCAAGGAUGCUUGGCCAGUGUGGUGGAAAUCGACAGUUACUGGCGGGAAUAUCUACGCUCUCUGGAAGGGAUGGUGAAGGGCAUGAAGGGCACCUACGACAUAGAACAUGUGCUACUCAACCUCUUCUCUUUGGUUCAGGAUGCCAUCAUUUACAUGCAGAGGAACGCUGGGAAAUUGGUCACAACCUUGGCUGCUCCGAAGGAAACACACCUGUCUUGGGUUUUUUUCCUUCCUGAAGAUUCCAGUAUGGCAAUUUCGCAAGUAAUAAUGAAGGUCAGCAAGCUGUGUGGCCCUUCCCAGCAGAGGCAACACCGAUCGGCGUGGAAUCCCGAAGACCAUGUUGCUGGCCAGAGGAUGAUGGGUGCCCCUCUGGUGGAACCCCAAGAAACCUUAUCCAGUCGAAAGAGAGAACUUGUUACCAAACUGCGGGCUCACAGUGGCUUCUACAGCAGCUUGCCAGAAUAUAUUUGCAGCCACAGUUCCACAGUGCACAACAACACAUUUUGCUGGAACGGACAUGAAGUGGUGGAAAGGUACAGCCACCCACCCACCAGGAACGGAGGCCGAUCUCAGUUGGGGCAGCAUGAGGCAAAGGCCAAGGGUCCCGAGCCGGUCAUUAGCCAGAUCAUUGACAAGCUGAAGCACAUAAACCAGCUGCUGAAGGGCAUGGCUGCCUCUCAUCGGAGAAAUCUGGACCGUCCUGAAGAUGAGGAGGGGGCUGAGAGCGGUGAUUGCGACGACGAGGAUGCCUGCAAUGAGGCUGCGGUUUCUGGAAAUGGCGAAUUAAAAGUGAAGAAUCAACUAAGGUUUCUGGCAGAGCUUACAUUCGACCUGGACGGAGAAAGCACCCCUUCAAACAGGCAGCUUGUGAAUCAGCAGAGGAAAGAGUCAACGGGUCACAACCUCAGUGCCAAGGAUCCAGCCCUGAAUUUUCAACUAGCGGGCGCUGUCCUCAUAUUCUGGCUUUUUCUGAUGGCCAAAUGACUUGAACUCACCCUUGGCCACAGUCCAUGAUCAGUUUGCAUUGCAAAAAUGCUCUACGAAUCUUUCUCGCCCUUCAGAGGCAAUUGAAAAGAACAACUUCAGAACUAUGACUUAAUUUUUUUUUUUAAAGAAAAAAACAUUCCCUGAAACAAGUUAUUUGAGGUCUGGCCCAAAAGACCCAGGGCUUGUAUUUAGAAGAAUUCUCGUUCAAUUAUUAUGACAGGGUUAAAAAUACUCAGAUUGUAUCACCUAUGAAUUUUGUAAACAUUUUCCCCCCUGCUGUUAAGGAUGGCAAAAGCACACAGCAUCCUCAGUGAAUCAGAAUGAGCAAAGUUACUGGAUUAAACACCAUCAGACAAUUUUUUAAAAAUUGUUUUGGUCUUGAGAUCAAAACCCAAUCUGAGAGAAACCGUUCCAAAACAGGAAAUGGCUCUGCAGCCUGCAAAUUUUGCUCUGGAAUCUGCAUUAGCCAUUGUAUUAAUAUUGGUGGCAAAUCUGACUUCAAGCUGCCCAUUUGAAUUGACUUAACACUGGAUUCUUGUUAUGAAUGAGCUGUGUAUUUAUUUUUUAAAAGCUAGCCAAUUUUAGAUAGGCUCUCCUCAGCAGAAGUGCCCGUAAUUUUUUAGAAAGGGCUAAUGCUAUUCCCCGAGUGUGGCUGAUGUGAGCAUGGCAGAGAAUACAUCGUUGCAGAGCGAUUGUCCAGCUUCAGAAGAUGCUCAGAUGUUUUCCAGAAAGUCAACAGGAUCAAGCAUGCUUUUCUAUUUUUAUUUAAAAAAAAAAAAACUACUCUGUAUCACUUUGUCUGUUAAUAGAUUGUGUUCUGAGCCUGUCUGAGAAUGGAAAAAUGGGAAUCUCUCAGAGGCCCCCACAGCCUCUCUUUGGCUGCUCUGGAGAUUUUUUUUCCUUUCUUUUUUAGACUCUAAUUUGCAUAGGAAAUAUGAAGAGCUGGGAACAGAGAGGACUGUUUUUUCUUCUUUAAAAAAUAAAUAGGUCCUACCAUCAGUCGG